CACCCGUGGACGCGCUCAGCAUCACUCGGAGGCCGUGACCCCGAGACCUUCUUUCGGUUGUGGUACGCACCUCGGGUUACAGACGCCGCGUGCAAACUCUCUCACCAUAGUCAACCGAUAACCAAGCGAAACCCCGAUGUCGAAUGGUGUCAACUGGCUGAGUUGAGCGCGAAGCGUGGAGGUAAGCGUGUAGGUGUGCUAGCAGCGAGGCUUUUGUGAGAAUGCCGAGUUGAUCAGAAGCGUCAUUUCUAUAUUCUGUGAGCAUAUGGAAGACUAGAGCUUAUACUAAGAUAAUUGAACUUUAAACAUUUCUCUGAAGCAGAAGAUAUUUGCAUACAAACCUUUGCCAUCAACAUGUCUACCCAGUCCACGCCUAGCGAAACUCAUGUCCUCAUCAUUGGUGCAGGCAUAACCGGCCUUGUCCUCGCGCAAGCCCUCAAACAAUCCGGCAUCCGUUGCUCAAUCUUUGAGAAAGACAGCUCCCUCAAUGUGCGCAGCAAUGAAUGGACUAUGGCUAUUCACUGGUCGCUCGAGCGGCUUGAAACUCUCUUACCACCCGGUGUCUACGCAAAUAUGGAAAAGGCAUCAUGCAACCCCGCUGUUCCCAUUGACGCGGGAGGCAACUACCCCAUUAUUCAUGGCGAGACGGGAAAUAUACUUGCAGGCGUUCCUUAUAAAAGGGGCUUGAGAGUGCCCCGUAGCAAGAUGAGGGCACUUUGUGGUGAGGGUAUCCCAGUGCAGUAUGGUAAGCACCUCAAUGAGGUGGAGUUCGGAUCAAACGGUCAAGGCGUGACAGCCAGGUUUGCCGACGGGACCAUUGUCUCUGGGACCAUGAUUGUGGGUGCAGAUGGAACGCGCUCUCGCGCUCGCGAAGUCGCACGGGGUUCUGUCGAGAAAGCUGCCACAUCUCCGUUUCCCAUCUGGCACAUGAACCUCACCGUCUGCUACGGAGAUGCUGAAAAAGCACGAUACGUGCGAUCAGAGUUUCCAACUAGUUUUUUGGCUCUGAGCCAGCAAUCUUUUCACGCUUUUCAGUCCAUCUCCAGCAUGCCUGAUGGGCCUGAUCAUCCCGAGAGCUGGAUUUUCCAUCUCGCCAUGGCAUGGCGCGGAGACGCGAGACAUGAUUUGAGCUAUGAAGAGCGUUUGGCCUUGAUCAAGGAGAAGGCGGCUGGACUUGCCGAGCCAGCACGCUCGUCCUUUUUGUGGAUUCCAGAAGGGACACAAGUCCACAAGGCUGACAUUAGCUACUGGGUCACAGAGCCAUGGGACAAUCACCAGGGACGCCUAACGCUUGUGGGAGACGCUGCGCAUCCAAUGCCUCCAUACCGCGGCCAAGGUUUGAAUCACUGUAUCACAGACGUUUUCAAUCUCACAAGCCACAUCAAGAGAGUUGCAUCUGGCGAAAACACCUUGGAUGCUGCGAUUGGAGCCUAUGAAGCCGAGCUCAUUCCACGUGGCUCGGAAGAGGUCAAGUGUUCCAUCGAGAAUGGAAUCAUGCUACACGACUGGGAGAAAGUGAAGCAAAGUCCCGUUUUCACCAACGGAUUUCGGCCGAUGAAGGGGCACGAUGCAUAUGAGACGAACGUAGACCACGCAAUGAACCAGAAGAAGGCCGAAGCGGCGCGCGGUUUGAGAACUGUGGAUGUAUAG